CCGGACUGGCUGCAGCAGGCGCGCAGAAGUGAGGUUGCGCAUGCGUGAUGCUUCCGCGCGACAUUGUUUUCGCGGGUGUGUCGGACUCCAUCCUCACUUGUCUCCGUGACACCCUCACCUCCUAUCUAGGGCAUUAGCUCCUCCAGCUCAAGAUGUUUCCGGAACUCAACAACCUUCUGAACACCACCCCUGACAGGGCGGAACAGGGGAAACUGACCCUACUCUGUGAUGCCAAGACAGAUGGUAGUUUCCUUGUGCACCACUUCCUUUCCUUCUACCUCAAAGCUAAUUGUAAAGUCUGCUUUGUGGCACUCAUCCAGUCCUUCAGUCACUACAAUAUCGUGGGACAGAAGCUGGGUGUCAGCCUGACCACUGCACGGGAGCGCGGGCAGCUUGUUUUCCUCGAGGGUCUCAAGUCUUCGGUGGAACUCUUCUUCCGGGCCCAGGAGGAGACACACCCCCUGCAGUUUCUCAGGGAGGCCAACACUGGGAAUCUGCAGCCAUUGUAUGAGUUUGUGCAGGAGGCCCUGAAGCCCGUGGACGGUGAGGAGACUGCAUGGAAGUACCCGGUGCUACUGGUGGAUGAUCUCAGUGUGCUGCUGAGCCUGGGCAUGGGGGCAGUGGCCGUGCUGGACUUUGUCCAGUACUGCAGAGCCACUGUGUGCUGGGAACUAAAGGGAAACAUGGUGGCCCUUGUGCAUGACAGUGGAGACGCUGAGGAUGAGGAGAACGACUUGCUGCUGAAUGGCCUCAGUCACCAGAGCCACCUGAUCCUGCGGGCCGAGGGCCUGGCCACCGGCUUCUGCAGGGACGUGCAUGGGCAGCUAAGGAUCCUGUGGAGAAGACCAUUGCAGCCCACAGCCCAGCAGGAUCGGAGCCUCACUUACCAGUACAAGAUACAAGACAAGAAUGUUUCCUUUUUUGCCAGAGGAAUGUCUCCCGCUAUUCUGUGACUUGAUUUAGAAGCAGCUGAAACUACCUUGGACUGUUUUUGGAUGCAAAAGAUAAAGCAACCUAGCAGGAAUUGAUCUUGCUGCCUUUGUAGUAGUAUUUCAGGCUGGACUGGCAGCGCUCCUGUGACCCAUGGAUGGUUGCAUGGUGCUCUGGGCCCUGUUCAGAAAACACAACAUGGAAUCCAUGGCCUUGCCUCUGCUGAGGGAGAAGCUGGAUAUUGAAUCCUGUUGAAAGGGGUCCUUUGGAGCCUUCCAUAUAAAUACACUCUGGUCCCAACUGUCCAUUUUUUGUGAUUGUAUCUUUCAGAGCCAGAGUGGUUAUGAAUGUGCCAGCCAGGAGACAGUCCUGGGAGGUGUCCUUGGCAGGCGUCCAAGGUGACAACUAGGAUAAUUGUGGCUAGCGUAAAGUGAGUUCCCACGUCUUGGCUUCACAUGGGUUGUCUCAUUUAAUUUUCACCUUCAUCCUGAAAGAGUAUUUUCCAUUUGAAUCCAGUGAGGAAACUGGCUUAGAAAGGUUUGGAAGCAUGUUCAGGUUGUAGAGCAGUCUGUAAGAGCUGGGGCCUAACUCCAAAUCCCUUACUUGUUGACUGAUUGGCAAGGGACCUGGAGGCAGGCUCCCCACCCAGUUCAGACCUCCAGGUUCUCCUGUUUGUCCCAGCCUUGCCCGCACACCAGUGAAUCCUGAUCAUCAUGGGCCUGCCACCAGAGCCUUGGUUACCUGGCUCCAUGUAGGGCAUGGUGGGCAUGGCCGUGGUGAGAGGGGUAAGGAAUGCUUUUGCCCCCAAGCGGCAUAGGUCCUUCACCUGUGAAGACUGCAGGAGGUGAGCUCCCACCCUAGCACCCUGUAGAUGGCCUCUUGUCCCAUGCAGCCUCUCAGUCAAGGUCACCUCAGAGUGGACACCAGGAGUAUUCCCUUAAAAUGGGUGCAUUUUAUUGUAUGUAUAUUAUAUCACAAUGAAUUUGAUUUUAAAAAUAAAUAAAAUGAAAAAAAAAAACACAUUGCUUUAUAGUGCACUAGGAAAUUUGAUAUCUGUUAUUUAAUUUUAAAUUUUUACAUUUUUUAGUCUUUGUAAAAGGAACUAGCACCUGCCUCCCCGAGCUUCCAACUAUACUGAUUCUGCUGUAUUGGUCAUCUCACUGAAACAGUGACUGCUUUUUUUUUCUCAAAAUACUGCAGACCUGAGUAUUUUGAGGUAGUUGAGUAUUUGAAAUUUAUGAAUGUAAGUAACUUAAGGGAAAGUAGUAAUUAAAAAACCUAACAAUUAUUUUAUUAAUACUUCAGUGAUCGUAAAAACUUCAUAGGAGCUUCAGUUCUUGCAAGACAGAACGUUUUUCACAUGAUAUGAAUGCUGCUAUUAUGUUUUUUCAUUUAACUUAUAAAUAUUUUCACUGAACUUUUCAUGUUUAAUUGCUACAUAGCAUUUUAUGGUGUCCGCAUACUCCAGUUUGCUUAGCUAUUCUCUGGGCACGUAAGUUCCAGUUUUUACAGUUAUGCUAUUGUGAAUUUUAUUUACUAUUGAGGGGCACAGGUAUUUGUUUCCUUAGGACAUUCAUUCAUUCAUUCAACAUAUACUGAGCACCUUCUAUAUGGCAGGCUGCCCUAGUCACUCAGGAGCUGGCAGUGACAACAGAUCUUUACCUCAUGGGGCUAACAUUCCAUAGGGGAGACCAUCAACAAAAUUGAGAAGUAAAAUUUGCAGAGCGUUAGACCAUGGUAAUUGCUAUAAAUAAAGCCAAGAAGGGGAGUAUGAAAAGUGAGGAAGAUGAAAGUUUAGAGUCUACUCUUCAAAGUAGACUUUCUGAAUUAAAGCAUGAACUGGCCCUCAUACAUUAUACGUUGCUUUUCAGAAUGACGGAGCCACUUAACAAUGAUAUAUAGGUUUUCUUCCACUGACUUUGGAUUUAUUUUCCAUUAAUUUCAUAGUUAUAUACAGUUGUGUGAAAAUGGACAGUUCUUUGAUGAAUAGGAUGUAAUUUUCUGUCUAUUUUCUCACGUGUACAGAAUCUGUUCCUCACCUUUGAUCACUUAUCAGUUGAAAUCUGAGGGUCAACUUUAUUUUAUUAAUUUUUUGUAAUAUUUUGGAAAAUAAGAUUUUAUCAGUCUUUAUAGAUAUCUUCCUACAUUCUGACUUGUAAAACAUUUUAUCUUCCUUAGAAACAUUUGUUUAAUAUUCAGAUAUUCAUUAGUUUAUCAAGAAGUAUUUGUAGAAUAUUUGUUUUAUGUAAGACAUUUUAAUGACAUAUUGGAAAGCAAUCCAAAAACACCUGCUGCAGUCUAGUGGGAGAGAAAACAGCUCAAAGCAAUGCUGCAGUGGAGAAGUUGAGGAGGGCCAUAAAAAUGACUCGGGUAACAUGAGGCUGAUGUUAACAGCUAAUACCAGUUAUUCCCCCCUUCUUUUUUUUUUUUUUAAGUUGGGGAGCAGAGAAUUGGGGAAGAGUUUAUGGAGGCAAUGCUAUUUGAAUAAGACCUUGGACUGUUCCUAUUUUGUCUCUGAUGGUAUGUUAGUUCUUCAGAACUAAGAAAUGUAUUUUUCUUCCUCACUGGAAUGAAACUGCUAUUUAAAAUUUUUUUUUUCCUAUUUUUACAACAAUUUUAAAAAUAUGCUUAACAUUUUGAUCCAUUUAGAAUUUACUACUGUAUUGUACUGUAAUUUGUCUCCAUGCUGAUAAUUAGAUAAUCCAACAGCAUUUAUUGAAAAGUAAUUUUCCUUUCUCUUUCUGUGAUUUAGAUUUAUUAUACAUAAAUUUCUUACAGUGGAACUUUUCUGAAAUCAUUCUAUUUGGUAGUAGGUAUUAAAAGGUUAGAGUGUAUGUUUGCUAUCAAGAAUUUAUUAAAAGGAUAUUGUGUUGACAUUCAUCCUGAUGAAUUUCACCAGUGCUUUGUCAAGCUCUAUAAAGUCAUCUUCAGGGAUUUUUUUUUUCUCUUUUUAUUGCAGUUUAAUGAUUUUAUUUAAAAAAGGAAUCAGUUCAUUUGCUACCCUUUAUUCAAUGCUUUUUGUUAUUGAAGGGAAAAGGAAUUAUCUUUGUUGAUAUUUUUAAAUGGUAUCUGACAGGAAUGCAGUUGACUUUUUAAAAUUAAUAGCUUAUCCUACAGUUUUUGUAAACUAUUUCUUCUCAAUACUUUUCUGAUUGAGAUUCUUAAGCUCUCGAGAUAUUGCUAACAUCUGCAAAAAAUACCAGCCUUACAGUUUUCCCCUUAAAUAACUUUAAUCAACAUUUAAAGAUGUGUUACAUAGGAGUGUUGGGAAGGUAUUCAUUGUAAAAUUUUUGUUUUCAAAGGAAUAUAAAGCAUUUUAUAUAGUAAUUCUUGAUUUUAAAGUAUAUAUUUUUAAUUAUCAAGUUAGUUAAUUAACAGCAGUCACUUUGGAGAGGAAUGGGAGAAAGAAAUGUACUUCCUCUGCCCCUGUGCCCCCAUUUUUAAGAGUUUAAUCAGUAAAUGUUGAAUUCUGUGGACUUUCUCAGCCUCAUUGAGAGAACGGCACUGUUUUUCCUGUGGAUGUGGUGAGCAUGGUAAUACUUCUCUUUGUUUGAUGAGCUUUGAGUUCCUCUUACUGUCUUAUUGGUAUUUAUUGUGUUUUCUAUAACCUGCUGUUUAUGUUAUGCUAGCUAAGAUUUUUCUUUUUUAUUAAUGUGAUAUUGUAGCACCUAUAUUUUUGAGUGAAGAUGACCUAUAAUUUGAGUGUGUAUGUGUGUGUGAUCUUGGUCAAGGGUGAGGAUCAGAACAAUAUAUGCCUCAUAAACUAUGUUAAGAAAUUUAUCUUUUAUAUACUUUGAAAUUCUUAAUGUUUUCCAUUCCAAUUUAGGACUUGUAUUAGUCAAAGUCAGGUAACUGGGGGGGGGGGGGGUAAUUUUUAAAUUUUUCUUUGUUAUUGAUCUGUAUUUAUGGUUACUUUUCUUUGUUGUGUCACUUUUAGUACUGUUUAUUUCUGAAAUAGUUAUCCAUUUUCUUUGUUUUUCUGAAAAAAUAUUUGCAAAUCAUAUAUACAAUAAGAGACUUGUAUCCAGAAUAUAUAACUCAAUAAUAAGAUUCUGUAUAUAGAUUCUUACAACUUAAUAAUAAUGAGACAAAGAACCCAAUUUUUAAAAUGGACAAAAGAUUUGAAUGGACUUUUUACCAAAACAGACAUAAGAAUGGUUAAUAAGCACAUGAAAAGAUGCCCACCAUCAUCAGUUAUUAGGGGAAUACAGAUUAAAAACACAAGAUAGCAUUACACAACCACUAAAAUGACUAUAUAAAAAAGAAAGAUAACAAGCAUUAGUAAGGAUGUGGAGAAAUUGGAACCCUCAUACAUUGCUGAUGAGCAUGUAAAAUGGUGCAGCUACUUUGAAAAUCUUUUGGCAGUUUCUUAAAAUGUUAAACAUAGAUUACUAAAAGACCCACCUCUUCCACUGCUAGGUAUCUAACCAAGAGAAAUGAAAACAUAUGUCUGCACAAAGAAAUUGUACAUAAAUGUUCAUAGCAACGUAAGUAUAUAAAUAUUCA